AUGAUCCAGUUUGGGAGUCAGCAGGCGCUCGACGGGAGCCACGUCGCGCUGCUGGUUCUCAUCACCUACUUCUGCCAGGCAGGGGCGCCGGAGGGGGAGAGCAGGGCGCAGUGCGUGCUGCUCCUGUUCCUCGCACGCGCGGUCGAGUCGCUCGACGACGCGCCGCCGUCGCUCGCGGCACUCCACGCGCGCCUGCGCCGCGCGCUUGGAGCGUACCCCGAGACGCUGACCGGCGUACAGACGUAUCUCGACCAGUGGUUUGCGCUGCUUUGGAACGUCGAUGGGCUCGCCGAGCUCUUUCACAGCAAGAUCCCCGAGUGCUUAUGCCUCGUGCCAGAGGACGCAGACCAGUCGCAUACCCAGCUCCUGGACCGCCGCUCGUACCUCGGCUUGUAUGUGCGCCGCGCGCGUCUCGCAUUCGAGAUGCUCCUCGACCUGGAGCGGCUGCAGCUCGCGUCGAUGUGUGCCGCAUGGCGCGACGGCGACGCGCACGGACUCGCCGACGAAUGGCGGCAGCACAACCAGGCGCGCGCGUUUCUGCAGUGGCGCACGAGCGCACGGAAAGGCGACUAUGCUGCAGCCAAGAACGAGCUCCACGCAUUCUUUGACCUGACGAUCCCAGGGUGCGAGCAGGAGCUGCACCAGCACGCCCUGCUCAACCUUGCCCAGUUUCACAUUCACACAAAAGGAUACCCCGCCGCCCGCACGACGCUCGACGAAGCGAUCCUCCUCGCGCGUACCGUCGGCGACACAGAGUGCAUGCGCGCCUGCGACGACCUGCUGCAGCAGCUGGCGUACCUCGACCCCGAGCCGGGGAAGGAGCACGCGUGGCUCCUCACGCGGCGCGACACGGACACGCAGCUCGCGUGCGGCGCCUAUUCUCCGCUUGCGCUAUGGAAAGCGGACCGCGACGCGGAGCACGGCAAGCCGCUCCUCGCGAUCAUCCAGUCGCUGGCCAAUGCGACGUGGGCUUCGCGGUCCUCCGACAAACACGCGCCGGGGCCGGAUUGGGAGCCACGGCCGAGCAUUGAGCGCAGCGCAGCGUGCGCCUCGGCGGUGCUUGCGCAGACAUGGCUACGUCUCGGUAUACCUGCGCUCGCCGAGGCGUACACCGCGCACGUCGCGCGCCUCGAGGAAAGUGCGCCGCGCAGCUGGCCUGCGAUGCGCCUGCGCACCGCCGCCACGCGCGCGUACGCACUUGCGGAGCGCGGCGCGUACGACGCGGCCGUGUGUGAGCUCGUUGCGCCGCGUGUCGUGCGCCUCGUUGCGGAUCAUGCGCAGCUCGACGAGUGGCAGCAGAGUCUCUGGCGCAUAGCGUAUAUGCGUGCGCGGCGGCAGCGACACACUGCGUCGCUGCGGCGCCUCGCAGAGCUGUGCCCCGGCCUGGAUGCUGACGCCCAGGUCGCGCCGCCGACGCAGCGUAUACUUGACGAAGCGAAAGACGUGAUUGCCGCACAGCAGCCCUACCAGAGCCUCGACCGCCUGAUGCAGGCGAUCGCCUCCGCCGAGAAGCAGAACCUGUACCCGUUGCAGCGCAGCGGCCUCGCGUGCCUCGCCGAGAUCAUGACGACCUCGCUGCAGCUGCCGGAACAGGCGCUCGCGACGCUCUCCGAGAUCCUCCCCCAGGCACUCGCGGACGCCAACGCCGAGCGCCGUGCGUACUCCAUGUGCGUGUACGCCAAAUGCUUGCUGGCCACACAGGAUAUCCAAGGCGCACGUACGUGGCUCGCACGCGCCCAGCAAGACUUUUUCGCUACGGAAAACUACAACGAGCGCGCCGCGUGCCUGUACCUCGAGGCCCGCCUCGCGCAGCACGCCAAUGACCCUUCUGCACGCGACGCAGCGGCCACGGCCUACCACGUUGCGCGCGAGCAGGAGCAGCACGCGGCGACCGACGCCGCGCCAGCCGCCGGCUUGGAAGACCUCCACAUGCUCGUUAUCGCCGUUCGGCAGCGUCCGGUGGACGAUGCGGUGAACAUCAUCAAGAUGGUCCUGAAGGACACGUUCGAGAGCAAGGACGGCUGGUCGUUCUUCUCGAUCGAAGACUCGGACUGUGAGUUGACGUAUGCCGACCGCAACGGCGUCGUGGCGGGCUCGGGCGACCGCGCUGCGAACGAGCGCCCGAAGCGCGCAGAGACGACCGACAUCCGCUUCCGUAUGAAGGUGCAGCCGCGUAUGACGAACCAGUUCGGCACGAUGCACGGCGGAUGUGCGGCCUCGAUCAUCGACACGCUUUCGUCCUUCAUUAUUCCCCUGUACUCGACCGGCGAUGUGGGGCAGCCGUGGAUCACGUUUGGCAUGUCGCAGACGCUCACGGUCAACUACCUCGCGCCCACGCGCCUCGGCUCCUGGAUCGAGGUCGCGGUGAAGGGCAUGUCGGUCGGCAAGAGCGUCGCCCUGCUCGAGACCGAGAUCUGGGAGCUGAGCGGCGACAAGUCUAGCGACCGCAAGGUGCGCACUGCUUUCAGCACGCACACCAAGAUCGACGUGAGCGGCAAGCUCGCCAAAAUCUAG